GGGCGUAAUCAGACGUGUGCAAUCGAUAGCCGAGUACUAAAAAAGGAAGGAGCUCAAAACUUUUUACAGAAUCUUUUUUCGCACUCUUUAACAAAACAAUGAGUAGCAGGAAGACUUUGUAGAGAUUUCACAGUGUCUACAAGGAUGUGACUCGUGUCUUCACGACGUGGAGUCGAGCUGAACCUCCCAGAAGAGAAGAAAGUGUAACUUUAGACAUGAGCAUCAAGCCACAGGAGGACCUCAGGGUGUAAGAGAGGCCGUCACCAUGGCGACGCAGUUCAGUAUCGAUGAUGCCUUCGUGUUGGAAGGAGACGAGGAUGGAGCUGUGUCUGACGGAGAGGCGGAGGGAUGGAAGGACAGAGAAGGAGGAGGAGAGAUGACAUUUGGUCCUCUAAGUUUCUCUAAACCUCAGACUCAUCCCUCUCCUGCUGCUGCUGCCGGCUCCCCUGAACACAGUAACCUAAAGUAUCAGAAUCUGGAAAAUGAAGACGCCUUGGGCAGCAAUGGCAAUUCCUCUUUCAAUAACUUAUUCAAAAUCAGCGACCCUGCGACUCUGUCUUACUGCAGCUCCCAGUGGUCCUUCAGCACCUUGAGUUCUGUCACACAGCUUUCUGCACACUGCUGCGGGUGGGUGUCCCAUCCACUUGUGAAGAAAAACAGACGAGUUGUGCUUGCGUCAUUCCUUCUCCUCAUCACUGGAGUUGCUCUUAUUUUCACAGGUGUUGUCAUACAGCUGAAUCCAAAUGCAGGUGUUUCAAGUGCUAUUUUCUUUGUACCUGGAUUUCUUCUCUUCAUCCCAGGAGUGUACCAUGUGAUAUACAUCAGCUGUGCUGUCCGUGGAAGAAGAGGCUUCAAAUUGUUCUACCUACCUUAUUUUGAAAAAUGACAUUUCAUGAGACACUACAUUUUCACUACAUUUCUUCGUCUGCUAUCUUAAAAUGAAUUGUAUUUUGUCGCUUUUAACAAAAAAAGUAUUGUCACAUGGUUGUUUUUUCUUGUCAUUGUAAUGACCACUACUAAUUCAACCACUCAGUGCCUCGACUAUGUUUCCACUACAUGAACUGAUACUGUAUUGUAUGUGUACACAAAAAAAGAAGGAGAUUGGUCUUGCCUGUGUUUUUUAUGUCGUGUGAAUAAUGACUGUGAAACUUCAAUAAAACUUUUUUAUAUUUUAA